AUGGGGCCAGGCAAUGAUACUCAAAUUUCAGAAUUUCUUCUUCUGGGAUUAUCAGAUGAACCAGAAUUACAGCCCUUUAUAUUUGGGCUUUUCCUCUCCAUGUACCUGAUCAUUGUGUUUGGAAAUCUGCUCAUCAUCCUGGCCGUCAGCUCUGACUCCCACCUCCACACGCCCAUGUACUUCUUCCUCGCCAACCUAUCCUUUGUAGACAUCUGCUUCACCUCUACUGUCAUCCCAAAGAUGCUGUGGAACAUCCAGACUCAGAGCAAGGUCAUAACCUAUGCAGGCUGUAUCACACAGAUGUAUUUUUUCCUACUCUUUGUAGAAUUAGACAUCUUUCUCUUGACCGUGAUGGCUUAUGACUGCUUUGUGGCCAUCUGUCACCCCCUGAACUACAUGGUCAUCAUGUACCCCCAGCUCUGUGGACUGCUGGUUCUGGUGUCCUGGAUCAUGUGUAUCCUGAAUUCCUUGUUAGAAAGCCUAAUGGUAUUGAGGCUGUCCUUCUGUGCAGUCUUGGAAAUUCCCCACUUUUUCUGUGAACUCAAUCAGAUGAUCCAACUUGCCUGUUCUGACACCUUUCUCAAUAACAUGGUGAUGUAUUCUGGAAUUAUACUGCUGGCUGGUGGUCUCUUCAUUGGGAUCCUUUACUCUUACUCUAAGAUAGUUUCCUGCAUCCGUGGGAUCUCAUCAGCUCAGGGCAAGUAUAAAGAAUUUUCCACCUGUGCAUCUCACCUUUCAGUCAUCUCCUUAUUUUAUUUUAUGGGUCUAGGAGUGUACCUCAGCUCUGCUGCUACCCAGAACUCCCAUUCAAGUGCAGCAGCCUCGGUGGUGUACACGGUGGUCACACCCAUGCUGAACCCCUUCAUCUACAGCCUGAGGAACAAAGACUUAAAGGGGGUUCUCAUGCGGAAAAAGGGGAACACUUUUGCACUAUAUUGA